AUGAAUCGAUUCCAUAGACCUGCUACUCCUUUUCCACAAGCAGCACCAGCACCGUUUGGAAAUCAAUAUUUUAUUAUUACUAUAACUAAUUAUCCAAAUCUUUUGCGACAGACACCAACCUAUCAAGAGUCACCGAAUCAACAAUGGCAACAAUGGCUUCGAGAUGGUAUACCAAUAACAAAUGUACCUAGCCAUUUUAGUAGAGCUACUACAGAAGAACAUGAAAUAAUUCUUUACAAUACAUUCCGAUUCGAAUUAGAAGAAUGUAUUCGUGCGUAUCUUCAACGGACUGGAAGAUUAUAUCCAAUCAAUUUGGUUUUUGAUUUCUCACAUAUACAACAGCAUCGACAAUAA